AAUUAGAAAAAGACGAAAUUUUUUCCAAAAACGAAAAAGCUUCUCCAGGCCUGCACAGUGAAGGAAACAAACAAACCGAUGUCUCUCCUCCAUAACAAUCAUUAAAACGUCUCUCCCCUUCUCUCUUCUUUCUGGAGCCUCCAGUAAUCUCUGCUCUUCAAGUUAACUCAGUAAUGGAGGGUUUUGCUCUGAGUUAUCAACUCCUUGUUCCAAUUCCUAUGAUAAUAUCUCUACCCUUGGAUCCUCCUUCACUGUCGUUCCCAAACGAGUUUUGCUUAUAGUGUUAUGCUUUCAGUCCGUCUGUUUGGGUUCUUGUGCUCGCUAGAGUGUGGUAUCGCAGUGGAUUUGCUUGAAAUCACACAGAUCUGACGGGACGGGUGCUCUCAAUCAACGGCGUUGGUGAUGUCGGUGCUUGCAAUUUCAAGCCGCGGCGGAUUAUCGAGAAGAGUCUGGUAUUUGUUUCUGCAGCUUUUGAUCAGUUUAUGCUAUUUAAUUCCCAUCACCAAUGCCGAUUUAGCUGAUGAUCAAUUCAGAGGGCCGGUCUUAUCUCCAUUUGGUGUGCCUCUGGCUGCACCUGCCAUUCCUGAUUUACCCCUCCCAUACAAUCUACCAUCGUUGCAUAAACCACGGAAAAAGCAUUUCUCACCUCAUGGUGCACCGGCAUUUGUGGUAGCACCAACCCAACCUCCUAAUUAUGGUCCACUGAUAGCUUCCGGCCAUCCCCCGACUAGUUCACACUUGUCUAAACCGUCAAUGAAGAAGAAUGCAUUGGUGCCUUCCAGUGUUGGAUUGGUAGAUAUUGCUCCAACUCAGUCUGGUGAUGGCACAAAUCCUACUGUUUUAGCUCAGUCCCCAUUAUCUCCUUCUUUUUCUGAUUGUUGUAAACCAGACAUGGUGCUGAAACGAGGGAGUCAUGGUUGCCACUGUGUGUAUCCAAUAAAGCUUGACCUUCUACUUUUGAAUGUCUCACAAAAUCCUAAUUGGAACCUGUUUCUAGAAGAAUUAUCUUCCCAGCUGGGCUUGCUAGUUUCUCAAAUUGAGCUGAUAAACUUUUAUUUACUAAGCUUAUCAAGAUUAAAUAUUUCAAUGGAUAUCAUUCCUCACACAGGAAUCAGUUUCUCUGCCAGUGAUGCAUCUGCAGUAAACUCGUCGCUUGCCUUGCAUAAGGUUCACUUUGACUCCUCUCAUGUUGGUGAUUAUAAACUCCUGAAUCUUACUUGGUUUGAACCUCCUGCACCUUCGCCAGCUCCUAUUGUUGCUUCAUCGCCCAUGAGGGCACCGGCACAUCAAUCUUCAACAUCAACAUCGGUGGGUUCUUCAAAGAAGGGCAAACAUACAAAUUUGAUUCUUGUUCUGGGUAUUGGUUCUGGCAUUGUGAUUAUUGCCAUUGUAUUUAUGCUAAUUAUCUGUUCGUGUGUAUUCCGAGAAGGGAAGCCUAAAGCAUCCCCUAAAGAAACUGUAAAGCCAAGGACCAUAGAUCCAGUUCCAGCAGCAGGGUCUCUUCCACAUCCUUCAAGUACACGGUUUCUAGCCUAUGAAGAACUUAAAGAAGCAACAAACAACUUUGAAUCUGCAAGCAUACUUGGAGAGGGUGGGUUUGGUAGAGUUUUCAAAGGUAUCUUAAGUGAUGGCACAGCUGUAGCAAUUAAGAGGCUUACUAGUGGAGGGCAACAAGGGGGUAAAGAAUUUUUGGUGGAGGUUGAGAUGCUUAGCAGGCUGCAUCACCGUAAUCUUGUCAAACUUGUGGGCUACUAUAGCAGUCGUGACUCUUCACAAAACCUACUUUGCUAUGAGCUUGUUCCAAAUGGAAGUCUAGAGGCUUGGCUCCAUGGCCCUCUGGGUGCAAACUGUCCUCUGGAUUGGGAUACCAGAAUGAAGAUUGCACUUGAUGCUGCAAGAGGACUUGCAUACCUACACGAGGACUCUCAACCCUGUGUCAUCCACAGAGAUUUCAAGGCAUCAAAUAUAUUGCUUGAGAAGAACUUUCAUGCGAAAGUUUCUGAUUUUGGACUUGCCAAACAGGCACCUGAAGGCAGAGCAAAUUAUCUUUCCACUCGUGUCAUGGGAACAUUUGGGUAUGUAGCCCCUGAGUAUGCUAUGACCGGACAUCUACUAGUCAAAAGUGAUGUUUAUAGCUAUGGAGUUGUCCUCCUCGAGUUGCUGACUGGAAGGAUGCCUGUAGAUAUGUCACAACCAUCCGGCCAAGAGAACCUUGUCACUUGGGCCAGGCCCAUUCUGAGAGACAAGGACCAGCUAGAAGAGCUUGCUGAUCCAAGGCUUGCAGGGAAAUAUCCCAAGGAAGAUUUUAUACGAGUCUGCACAAUUGCAGCAGCGUGUGUUUCCUCUGAGGCAAGCCAGCGACCGACUAUGGGUGAAGUAGUACAGUCACUUAAAAUGGUGCAGCGUGUAAUGGAAUAUCAAGAUUCCAUGUCAACCUCCCAUGCCCGGACCAACCUGAGGCAGUCAUCUAAUACCUUCGAAUCUGAUGGGACAUCCUCAAUGUUCUCUUCUGGUCCAUACUCUGGCCUGAGUGCCUUAGAUAACGACCAUAUCUCCCGGACAGCAGUUUUCUCUGAAGAUCUUCAUGAAGGACGAUGAAUAUAUCGAAGGUAGCAAUCUGUAAGCAAUCUGAUAGCCCCAAGUGAGGAAAUAUUUAGUAGGAUUUCUUUUUGGAAUAGAUUUUGUAGUUGUGAUUGGUGGAGUGGCUGCCUUUUGUUUUGCCUUGUGGAGAACCACCGCUGCCAAGUCCCCCCAAAAGCAGCGUGGCUACUCUACAUGGCUGUUGAAAUUUUGUGUAUAUAAUAGAUUCUUAUUUAUGAAUCUUCUUCAACCCUUCUUCUAUA